AUGCCGUUGGAACAUUCACCCACGCGAGAGGACGGACAACAAGACAAGAUGGCGGACCGAAAGGAAACGGUAAAUGAGCCCGCUCCUGAGGCAUCCAUCAAUUCAGCUACCUUACGACGGCUACCGCCGUUUUGGAAGGAGAAUCCGGCUGCAUGGUUCAUCACAGUGGAGAUGACCUUUGAUCUGGCGCGAAUAACCAGCGACGAUACGAAGUACCGUUACGUGGUGACGAAUUUGGACCACACCGUACUGCCCUUCGUCAUGGACGUAUUGGCCUCUCCACCGGCGCGUGGUAAAUACGAGGAGAUAAAGAAACGGAUCAUCGAAGCAUUUGAUGAGUCCCACGAAACCAAAUUGAGGAAGCUGCUGCGAGGAAGUGAAGUGGUCGACGAGAAACCCUCGCAUUGUGUGCAGAGACUUAGAAAUCUGGCUGGUGGGCAAGUCGGAGAAAACGUUCUGCGUACGCUCUUUUUGGAGCAAUUACCGGAGAGCAUGAGAACUGUUCUCGCUAUUAGCGAUACGGCGGAUCUGCAACGGCUAGCGCUCCUAGCUGAUAAGAUUGCAGAGAUGUCUGUGCCGAGGGUGGCGGCCAUUGAAGCAUCAACCCCUGUAAUUCCACCACCGUCCACCAGGAUAGAGGCGCUGGAGGCUAAGGUGGAGAAGCUAGUCUUGAUGGUGGAGACGCUCACUACGCGACAGUCCCGCCAACCCUAUAGGUCCCAGCCAAGAUGGCGGCCACGCGGUAGCCCUGGAAGGGGGCGAUCUGGAAGUCGGUCAACUUCACGCGAAGGGAACAACUACUGUUUCUACCACCGGAGGUUCGCUGAGAGGGCCCAUCGAUGCGUCAUUCCUUGUGGAUGGCCAGGUCCACCACCUACUGGAGCUUCGGCUAACCCUGCCACGCAGGGAAACUGA